AUGUUUGACUUUGAUGGCAACCCUAACCACACUAUAGACAAUUUCUUCAAUGCGACUCAUAUGUUCCCAAUGCCGAUUCGGGACAUAAAGUCAACAAUGAAUAAGUCCACGCGACGCGUGUUGGUGAAAUGGAUGGGCCCCGUCAAUGUGUACGAGCCUUUAACACAAAUACCUGCGAUAACUAACACCACCUUUAUGUACCAGCCCUUACUUUCGAGCUGCUAUCACAAGUGCCCAGAGCAAUGCCCGGACAUCUACAGCCCGGUGUGCGGCAGCCGGCCCACCAACACGCUGCUGCCGGGGUUUAUGUUCAAGAACCACUGCUACAUGGAUGCCGCUAGCUGUUAUAUACACUUUAACAAAUACAACUUGUUCGAUAAUGGAAAGGUGUAUCCACCACCAACUUAUAUAGAGACGACGUGGUUGUUCUGCAUAGGCGACCAGACAGCGAGCGCGGUGUCGCGCCUGCUGCCGGCGCUGCGCGUGCUGCAGCACCUGGGCCGCAUCAAGAAGAGGAGGAAGACGUUUCACUACCAGUUUAGAAACAUGCGCAACUUUAACGAACUCCAUAAACACCAUCAAAUUUUAAUUGGAGUUCAGUACCCAAAGGGUAAAAACGGGGCCGGAUUAAAUAAGACUGCAGUCCGUCCGUCACCAGGCUGUGUCCAUGACACGUGA